AAAUUUGUGAGAAUGGGUAUAUAUUAAAUAUAUCCAAAACUACAUGCAAAAUUUCAAAAUGCGUUUGAUCUGCUGCUGACGACCUCUUCAUUGUGUCAUGCAGAUGGGCCGUUAUUAAAAAAAGCUAGAUGGACAGAUGGGUGAACUUAUUAAUAAGAUUUGAUUAUUGCAACAAACAGGAAUGGACUAAAGCCGACAACAUCUGACAUUUCGAUUAUUCUAUAAUCGAUUCUUAAUAUAACAAUAUAAAACACACAAUUGGUUUCUUUUCUUUGAGAAUUGUAGAAUUGAGACUUAAAAGUACUAUAAAAAUGAAUAGCCUGGGCGAGGAUUGCAAUGAACUUAAGCGCAAGUAUGAUGCCUGCUUUAACCUAUGGUUCUCUGAACGAUUCCUGAAGGGAGACAAUGACGACAGCAUGUGCGCUCCUAUAUUCAAGGUUUAUCAAGAGUGCGUAAAAAAAGCAAUGGAGGAACAAAAAAUUGAGUUGCGUGAAAUCGAGGCUGACUACAGCACGGGCGAUUAUAAUGAGAAACCAGAACAUAGUAAAAGUUGACCUUUACUCGAUAGCGACUUUGAGGGUGGAUCCUUAUCCCCUGGGGGUAGGCCUUCAAAAGCACCUUUGUCUCAUAAGAGAGGAUAUUCAGUGUAAAUUUAGUAAAGUACUUAAAUGUUAAGCGAAAUAUCUGUUUUAAGUCUUGCUAGUUGAUUUGAUACGUACAAACACUUGCUUUUAAUUAUGUUUCUCCUAUAUAUAUUAAAAUGGUUCCGUACGAGAAUAUAAAA